AGCCUCCCCCCCCUCCGAUUCAUCACCGCCCAACCCCAGUCGCCGCCAUUCUCCGUUUCCUCCUCCUUCGACACAAGUUCCGUCCGUCCUCUCUCGGUCGGUCGGUCGGUCGGUCGGUCCUGCCGCCAGAUCCUAAUCGCGAGAUCGCCGCCUUCCGGCUUGCGAUUCGCGUCCGGGGGCGGCGUUUCUUUCCUUUUGGGGCGGGUCGGGGUUUUUCCCGACGAGCGCUUGGGAAUUGAGGUCGCGGCGAUGCACGGUGUUUGCUGACCUCGGAAACAUGGUCGUGACAGCAGGACAUGGAACUCGUAGUUAGUUACUGGACCGCGACAGCAGCAGCAGCAGCAGCCGCCAUCGGAGGAGGAAGACGGAGGAGGAGGAGAAGGGGAAGGAGAUGACGCUUUACAUUGGCCGCGAGGCUUCCAAGCUAUGGAAGAGGAUUUGCGCGGAGAUAACCACGGAGAUCAACCUCCUCGCGGAGAACUGGAGAUACAUUCUUGCCGGUCUCAUCUUUCAGUACAUACAUGGCCUGGCAGCUCGAGGAGUACAUUAUUUACAUAGGCCUGGCCCCACGCUUCAGGAUGUUGGAUUCUUUCUACUUCCGGAGCUUGGCCAGGACAAAGCUUACAUCAGCGAGACUGUAUUCACUUUUGUGUUCGUAUCUUUCGUAUUGUGGACUUUCCAUCCUUUCAUUCUGAAGACCAAAAAAAUCUACACUGUUCUUGUCUGGUGCAGGGUCUUAGCUUUUCUUGUUGCUUCUCAAAUUCUUCGGAUCAUCACAUUUUAUUCUACACAGCUUCCAGGUCCAAACUAUCACUGCCGUGAGGGAUCGAAACUUGCCAGAUUACCUCGUCCUCAUAGUGCAGUGGAAGUUCUUCUAAUCAACUUUCCUCGGGGAGUGAUAUAUGGUUGUGGUGAUCUGAUAUUCUCAUCUCACAUGAUAUUUACCUUGGUCUUUGUGCUCACGUACCAGAAAUAUGGCACAAAGAGGUUUAUAAAGCAGUUUGCCUGGUUGAUUGCUGUGGUACAGAGCUUCUUGAUUGUUGCAUCGCGGAAACAUUACACAGUUGACGUUGUUGUUGCAUGGUAUACUGUUAAUUUGGUGGUAUUCUUCAUUGACAAGAAAUUGCCAGAACUUCCUGACCGGACCAGUGGCUCAUCACUAUUCCUACCAGUGAGCACCAAAGAGAAAGAUGCUAGAAGCAAAGAAGAGAAUCACAAGCUCUUGAAUGGGAAUGGUGGAGACCCUGCUGAUUGGAGGCUGAGAACACAAGUCAAUGGCAAGAUUCUGGAAGAUGGCAAUGCUGUCCUUGCUGAUAAUGCAAUGAACGGUGCGUAGAUUAUGGAAAGCUGCCACUGGAGCCAACUUGAAGACCUCCAGCGCCUGGUGGUGAUGAAAACCCUGAAGGCAUGCAGUUGAUAUUGCAGCGUGGUCGGCUCUUAUUUUGAAGAUGGGUAAACAUGAUUCUUAUUGUAGUGAAGAUGGAAUUCGGCUUAAGCUUUUAUGUUUUGGCCGUCGUGCUCUACAAUGCAUGGUUUAAGACCAUGGCAUUCACAUUGGAAAUUUCAGCAAUCUUAUGUCCAUUUCUCAAUCCAGUGAAAGCAUCUUGGUUUUUUACUUCCA